AUGCAAUCGCAGCACCUUGCUCGUGCUCUGCCCUCACCACCAGGCAGUCACUUCCCGCACACAGUCUUGCCACCACCGGGACCUGCUGCCGGGCCCGCGAACCAGGCCGCUCACACAUCGCAUCUACAGGACCUGCAGCAUCAGAUUUCUACCAAGACGCUGGCACUACAAACGUUGCAGCGCGAGCAUGACCAACUGCUGGCGGCAUUCUCUCGAUCUCAAAUCCGGUGCAAUACCCUAGACAAGAAGUCCCAGGUAUCUGACCAUGAGAUCAAUAGCCUGACCGAGGAAAAGAUCCGACUCCAGCAACAGGUGGAAAUGCUCGAAGCCCAGGUAGAGGAUCUGGCUAAGGCACGUGACGAAGUGCAGAAGCAGUCGUCCGCGGACGGAGCGCAGUGGCGACAGAUUGUGGCCAUGUCUUCCCAGCUGCAGAUGAAGAGUGCCGAAGAGGCACGACUACACAAAGCCACCAAAGAUGCAUGGGCCGAGGACCGCGCCAAACUGGAGGGCCGCAUCCGGGAACUGGAAGGUGCCAAUCCGACCGUUCGGCAGAAUUCUCACAAGCAUUCGCAGAAGUUCCCGGAAGGCAAAGAGGAUGUGGUCAGCUCUAGCUCGCUAGAUUUGCUGCGAGAUGAGAUCUCAAGCUUACGACGCCGGUGUACCAGUCUGGAAACUACUCUUCGCGAGGUAACGGGGGAAACGGAGCAGCUGGAUCGAGCAAUGAAAGCAAUGGCCAAUAUCCGCGCUCGCGUUGCUGACCAGAUCCGAGGCGGCGAGGAAGGCGCUAGCUGA